AUGAAAGACUUCCAAGACACAAUUCAUGACCUCCUUCUUCAGGAUCACCCAUUUUUUGGACCAACAUUCACAUGGAGUAAUAAACAGAAGGAUGAUUUUCUUGCUAGGAAAUUAGACAGAGUUCUUGUUAACUCUUCUUGGGUCAAUUCCUUUCUUAAUUCCUUUGUGGAAUUCCUUGCUCGAGGACCCUAUGACCAUUGUUUGGCUAUUUGUUGGCUAAAUAAAGACUCCCAUACUAAUCGGCCCAAACCUUUCAAAUUUUUUAACUUCUGGACCAAGAACCCUAAUUUCCUUACUGAGAUCAAAAAAUCCUGGCAGCUUCCAACACAAGGAAAUCCUAUGUUGCCUCUCUUCCUCAAACUAAAGAAUCUUAAGACUUGCUUGAGGAAUCUAAACAAGGCCUGCUACAACAAUAUUGCGGAUAGGGUAAAGCUUAAGAAAAUGGAACUUGAACAAAUUCAGCUCUCUACCCUUAACCGAACGUCUUCUAUUGAUGUUGAGCUUAAUAUUCAAAGUGAGCUAUCCUCUCUUGAGCAGGCUGAAAAACUCUUCUUAAAACAGAAGGCAAAAAUGCAAUGGCUCAAGGAGGGUGACAAAUGCUCUAAGUUUUUUCACUCUGUCACCGCCUCUAAGAACAAGAGAGAAACCAUUAGAGUUCUUGUGAAUGAUCAUGGCAGAAAACUAGAAGAUUUUGAUGACAUGGCAUCUGUUUCCCUUCAAUAUGUCCCCUGA